AUGUCCGACUCUCAAAACGCGCGACUCCCUCCUGCUGCUCUUGUCCGCCUCUUCAAACUUCACUUGGCUCUUGUGCGUAGCGAGUAUUCUAACUUGCGGAUGGCCCCGCCCGAGCGCGACGUUUGGCCACUCCUCCACGUGUGCCGCGAGUGGCGCCGCGUUGCCCUCGCCACACCACAUCUCUGGAGGCACGUAUCCUUGGCAUGGUCGCCUAGGCUUAUCUCGGUCGCUAUCGCCUUCUCUAGUAACGAAGAACAAAAGGCUCUGUUGACGCUCUAUUGCACUGAACAUCCUAUUCCCUCGCCCGACGAUGCGAAGAUUGUCGCUCUUUCAGAAGGUCUCUCCCGAGUGAAAGGCAUGUUCUUGGUCCGUCGGGAUAUCUCUCAGGACAAUGCCCUCCAGCGUACUCUCUCUCUCCUCAGCUCCUCGCUCGAAACUCUUGUCGUUGUUUCCCUCGAACCGAAUCUCCUCCAGCUACCGACACUAACCUCUUUGAGACGCCUAUGCGUGAAGGGUUGCGGCAUCCGUUUUGUCGAUCCAGCGCUGUCCCCCCUGACUCACCUGAUCAUAGCCGGCGGCUCCGCGUCAAAGCCCGUAGUGACCCUUCGUGAUAUCCAUCGGAUGCAUCCCGCCUUGACCGUGCUCGAAUUAUUUGGCUCCAUCGCCAUGUCCUCCGACACUGAACCUAACCACAGCCUCGAACGAAUCCACAUGUCGUGCAGCAACCCGUGUCUUCAGCGCAUCUCCAUUGAGAGUGACCUGCUAACAGCCCAAGCACUCUUCAAACUCAUCGACGCUCCACCGACUGUACAACUGCAUGCGCGUUGUACUUCCCUUUCUCCAUCCGAGGGGCCGCUAGAGAUGGACAACCCAAUUCUUUUCCUCUCGCUUGUGGAUAUCAUUGCAGAGGAGCGCUGGGUGCCGACGUCACUCGUCACCAGCGUCAGUGAAUUGUCUCUCCGCCAGUACCGGACCACCCGAGGCUACGGGCUUGUGGUCUCGUGGGGCCCUCCUGCGCCAUCGUCGACGGAUCAGAAGCCCGAUCUCCGUUUCUCGGUAGACAUGAGCUCAUUUGUCUCGGAAGGCUCGGUGUAUGGUACAUUAAACGCCCUAGUCCACGUGCUCCCGUAUGACGAUUUCCCUGUGGUCCAUGUCUCCGGCUUUGACUCACCAUCAAGCUACCUUCAGAGGCGGUUGUGGGGACUGUUCAGCUCUGAGAGCAAGAUGACUCGGCUGAGCGUCUCUGGCUGCCAUUCCAGAGGACUCCUUAAUGCUUUCAAACAAGGUCUACCCCGCGCCCCGUCACAGCAACAGCCGAAAUCUCCUUUACGACUCCUGUUUUCCAGCUUGUUUUCACGCUCCCCCACAAUCACUACGCACGAACCUGCUUCACCAUCCAGCCCUGACGGCACAUUUGUGCCCUUGCUCACAAACCUUUUCGUUGACGGUUCUAUGUAA